AUGCAUUCUGGAUUCAGAUCAAACAUUCCACGCAAUCAUCAUUUUUAUUCACCUGGAAUUGCUAAAAGAGCCUACCAUCGUAAACGAGACAUUUUAUCGAAGGAUAAACUACCUAUUGAUUCAGACGAUGUGAAAGUUCAAAAGUCAACAAAAUUACCUGAUGUACUUAAAGACCCAUUACCUAAGGAGGAAAAAGAUGUUAAACCUAUCGUUGAUGUGAAAGUUCCUAAAGAUGAUGAUGUACUAAAAAAGGAGGAAAAAGUUGUUAAACCUAUUGUUGAUGUGAAAGUUUCUAAAGAUGAUGAUGUACUAAAAGAGGAGAAAACAGUUGUUAAACCUAUCGUUGAUGUGAAAGAUCCAAAGUCAACAAAUGAUGUACUUAAAGAACCAUUACCUAAGGAGAAAAAAGUUAACGUUGAUGUGAAAAUUCCAAAGCCACCGAAAUCACCUAAAGUUGAUGUACUAAAAGAGGAGAAAAAUAAAGUUAAUGAUGUACUAAAAGAGGAGAAAAAUAAAGUUAAUGAUGUACUAAAAGAGGAGAAAAAUAAAGUUGAUGAUGUACUAAAAGGGGAGAAAAAAGUUGUUGAAUCUAUCGUUGAUGUGAACAUUCCAAAGCCAAAAUUACCUAAAGAUGAU